AUGGAGACAGGGCUGCGUAAGCGUAUGGAGCAGGUGACGGAGCUGUUCGCCGACACCACCGAUGUGUUCCAGGAGCUGCAGGCGGUGCGCACACAUCUGACCAACAAGAUGGCCGACGCACAGGCUGCCCUGGGCCACAUACAGGGUCUGCAGGAGCGGCUGCAGGAGCAGCAGGGGCAGCUGUCGGCGCUGCUGAGGGAGGUGGGCGUGAUGGCCAGUGUGGCCGGCCCAGAGGCCCUGGUGGAGCUGACCACUGAUAGCGCCGCCCUACAGGAGAGCAUCGCACACACACAGCAGCUGCUGCAGCGCGCGCGCGAGCGCGGAGACACCAGCAUCAUACACACCAUCAGAGGUGAGUGCCAUGCGUUUGAGGAGUGGUUCCAGGACCUGCAGCUCAGUGUGAACGAGUGCUUUGAGAACCCCGAGAGACGUCAGGAUGUGGAGACUGCCCUGAAAAGACUCACCUCAUUCCUCUCCAGUAAAGAAGGAGAGCAGAGGUUAUCUCAGCUGCGUGAACGGGUGGAGAGUUCUGGUACGGAACGUCUGGGAGCGGAACCGCAGGCCCAGCUCCAGGUUCUAGUCCAGGAGCAGCAGGACGAGCUGGACACGUUCCGCGCCCACUGCCGGGACCGUCUGACUCUCAUGCAGGACAUCAUGAAGAACAUUAACAGCCUGCAGGAAGAGCACGACUACUUCCGGGACUGGCUCCAGCCGAGAGAACACAGAGAACCGACUGGAGAGGAGCUGAAACAGCUACACCAGGAGUUCCUCUCCCUCAGGAGGUCCUCUCUCACAGUGGGCGGGCGUCCCUUCGGCUCCCUGCUGAGCUCCUCCCAGAGGCGUGGCCUGCGUGGUGAGGCGCUGUUGACGGACAGCCAGGCCGUGCUGGAGCGCUUCCACAGCCUGGGGACUCGCCUGGAGCAGCGGGCCCAGCAGCAGGCAGCCCUGCUGGGGGAGCUGCAGGAGCUUAACACCCUGCUGGACACCACCGCAGCCUGGGUGAGGGAGCACAGGACAGGGCUGGGCACACUGGACGCUUCAACAGAGCAGAGACGGAGCAGAGCAGAGUCGGUGCUGUCUCUACGCUCGGAGGGUGACUCCCGUCUGUCGUCUCUGCGAGCGCGCGUGGAGAGUGUGUGUGCGCGUGAGGGCGUGGAGGAGGAGAGGAGGUGCGCACUGCGGGAGACGUUGGGAGGUGCAGAGGAGCAGUGGAGAGGAGUGCUGCAGGCGGCCCAGGAGCUGAGGAGCCAGGCGGAGCUCCAGGACUCCCUCUCCAGGGAGCUGCAGCAGCUCAGCACCCAGCAGGAGAGCACUCUGGCCUGGGUCAGGGAGCUGCAGCAGGGCCUGGACGCUCUGGCCCGGGGGACCCACGGCAGCCCGGAACACCUGGAGGAGAGACUCAACAGAGCUCAGGCUAUACUGAAUGUGAAAUCGGAGGGUAAUGGGAAACUGGCGUCUCUGAAGAAGAAAGUCGAGAGUUUGUGUGCUCGGGAGGACCUGGAUGAGAGCAGGAGGCGUGGCUUUCUCCAGUCGCUAAGAGACACGGACAUCGAGUGGAGAGGAGUUCUACAGGCUGCCCAGGAGCAACACAGCGUGCUGAAGCGGGUCAUGGAGCGAGUCGUCUCGUGCCAGUACCAGAAGCAGCAGACCCAGGACCGUCUGGGCCAGCUACGGAAGCAGACGAACGAGCUGCCGCACCGGUUCCCUUGGCCGGGCCUGGGUGACCGGCGCCAAGCGGUGGACCAGGCCCGCGUGCUGCUGGAGAAGACCAGAACGCUGGCGCCGAGCCUGGCGGGCCUCCGGGCCAUGGGCCGCGAGCUCUACCAGAUCACACACGACUCCAGCUGGACUGACCACACCUGGACGGCCAUGGAGGAGAGCGUGCCUGGCCUGCUGCUCGAGCUCACGGAGCUGGUAAAGACUCUGGAGGAGGGUAUUAUGGCAGAGAGGAGGUGUGUCCAGCUGGUGGAACAGCACAACGCAGCUCAGGAUUGGCUGAGAGAGCAGGUCAAAGGUCUCCCGGCCCCGCCUACGGACCGACAGGACCUACAGGCGACCAUCAACACACUUAAGGCUCUGCUGCAGACCGUGGACCGAGAGCAGCGUGAGAUGAAGGAGUGUGACACCACACGUGAUGCGUUGAUACACCUGUGCACACCUGGCGGCCAAGACUCUCUCAGCCUGGAGAUCAUACACCUGCACGAGCUGUGUGACUCGUCCGAGCAAGAG